CUUUGCAAGUGUUGGCGUGGUAGCUCAGAAUUUAAGACCAUGAAAUCCACGUGGUUAUAUGGAAUAUUUAUUUUGGUUGCUGUUUUCCUAGAGUUACUAUAAAGCAGACUUUUUUUCCCCUUACUGUAAUACAAAGUAAGUUUGAUAUUGUUGUUGCAUGUUCGUAGAUGUGUGUUUCAUCCUGUGAGAGUUAUUGAUAAAUUGGACCUCAACACAUGCUGGUGAGAGACAGGGUGGAGGUGUAUUGGGUUUGCAUGGCAAGGUUUUGGUAACAGGGGGAGCUACAAGGGAAGGCUUCUGUGAGAAGCUGCUGGAAGUUUCCCCCAUGUCUGACAGAGCCAAUCCCAGCUGGCUCCGAGAUGGACCCGUCGCUGGCCAAGGCUGAGCCCAUCAGCCAUGGUGAUAGUGCCUCUGGGGUAAUGAAUUGGAAAAGUAUAAAAAGCUGCUGCACAAGAACUGCAGCCAGAAAGAGGAGUGAGGCUGUGUGAGAGAAACCACUCUGCAGACACCAAGGUCAGUGAGGAAGAAGUGGAAGGAGGUGCUCCAGGUGCCAGAGGAGAGUGUGCCCUGUGCUGAAGACUGUGGUGAUGCAGGUUGUUCCCCUGCAGCCCGUGGAGGCCCCUAGGGGAGCAGAGAUCCACCUGCAGCCUGUGAAGGACCUCAUGCUGGAGCAGGUGGAUGCACCUGGCUGAGGCUGUGAUGGCAUGGAAAUACCAUGUUGGAGCAGACUCCAGGCAGGACCUGUGAUCUUAUGGGGAGAGGAGUCCACACUGCAGCAGGUUUGGUGGCAAGACUUGUGACUCCACUUGGGACACCCAUGCUGGUGCAGUCUUUUGUGGAGGACUGUGACCUGUGGAAGGGAGCUACUCGGGAGCAGUUUGUGAAGAACUGCAGCCUGUGGAAAGAACUCACCUUAGAAAAGUCUGUGAAGGAUUGUCUCCUGUGGAAAGGACUCCUUGCUGGAGCAGGGGAAGAGAAUGAGGAGGAAGGAGAAGCAGAGAGCUGUAGCAGAAGUGCAGCUUCGUGAUGAUCAGUAUACCCUUGACCACAUGCGUGCUUUUGGCAUGUAUAAUUAUCUUCACCUUGAUUCCUGGUACCAGGAUAAUGUCUACUAUGUUGAUCAGUUUGGAAGGGUCAUGAAUCUGUCAGUGACUCUGGACACUGCUCUACAAAAACCAAGAGAAGUUUUCAGGCUACCUACAGACUUGACUGCGUGUGAUAAUCGCCUUUGUGCCUCAAUGCAUUUCUCAUCCUCCACGUGGGUUACCCUUUCUGAUGGUACGGGAAGACUGUAUUUAAUUAAAUCAGGCAAGCGUGGAAGCAGUGCAUCUGAAAAGUGGGAGAUUGUGUUUAAUGAAGAACUAGGAAGUCCAUUUAUUUUAGCACACAGUGUUUCAUUUGUAAAAUCUGAUGCACAUUCACUAGCUGUGCUGCUGCUUAGGGUAGAAAAAGAUGAACUGGACACAAAAGGAAGUGGAUUUCAUGUUACUUUGGAAUGGGUUACAAUUGCAGAAGGAAAAGAGGGUGAUCAUAGAUACGAAAUCAUUAAAAGGAGAGUUUUGCAAGGAAAAUCAGUCCCCCAUUAUGCAGCAAUAGAGCCAAGUGGGGAUGGUCUAAUGAUUGUUUCCCACAAACCAUUCACAUUUAUGCAGAGUGAAAGUGACAAAUUAGAAGAAAAUGAUGAUGCAAAAGUAUCAAAUGAAAAGAAAGACCCUCUCUACUCCUGGCAGCAGACGGAAGACGAUGUGACCGUAACAGUUCGCCUGCCUCAAGACAUCACAAGAGAUGACAUAAAAAUACGUUUUUCCCCUGAUAAUAUAUGUGUUACCCUAAAAGACCAGCCUCCUUUGAUGGAAGGAAAGCUCUAUUCAUCUGUGGACCACGAAAGCUGCACAUGGAUAAUUAGAGAGGACAAAAGUUUGGAAAUCUCUCUGAUUAAGAAAAAUGAGGGAUGCCGGUGGGCAGAGCUAAUCAUUGGUGACACAAGAGGGGAAUUCAUUAUGGACCCUUCCCAAUGCUCUGAAAUUGCUGAAAGCCUGAUGCAUCUUACUUCUGAAGUAAUGAAUCCAAACCCUGAAAAGGAAAAGCCACCUUGUAAUGCUCAAGAGUUAGAAGAAUGUGAUGCUUUUCUUGAAGAUGGUGCAAGCUUGUGCAGAUUUGAUGGUGAUACCUUGAAAAUCACUCAUAUAAUUAAUCUUGGAAGCAACCAGUAUCUUUUCUCAGUUGUUGUGAAUCCCAAAGAAAUGCCAUGCUUCUGCCUGAGGCAUGAUGUUGAUGCUCUUCUCUGGCAGCCUCACUCUGACCAGCCAGAGAAUAUGUGGGAACACAUUGCAACUUUUAAUGCUUUAGGUUAUGUCCAAGCAUCAAAGCAAGACAAGAAGUUCAUGGCUUGUGCUCCAGAUUACUCCUACGCGGCUCUUUGUGAAUGCUUGCGAAGAGUUUUCAUCUAUCGCCAGCCGACUCCUCUGGCCACAGUUCUCUACAACAGGAAGGAAGGAAGACAAGUAGGACAGGUUGCUAAGCAGCUGGUAGCAACCCUGGAAGCCAAUGAUCCUAUCUUAGGCUUUCAAGCUACGAGUGAGAGAUUAUUUGUUCUCACAACAAAAACCUUGUUUUUAAUAAAGGUGAACUCUGGAAAUUGAUUAUUCAGUGUGCUCUGCUGUAGUUUGUGUUAACAAUUUGUUAUAGAAUUGAAUAGGUUGACAAUCUUACAAGUUCAGUACAAUUUGCUGAAAAUCAAAAAGGGGAUGUUUUACAGGAGAAUCAAAUUUCUUUGUUAGAAUUCUUCUGUAAAAAAGUGAGUUUUUUGACUUUGUUGCCAUGGAAGUAAACUUUUUCAGAGCUAUGGGAAAAGGUCUUCUGCAUUAACAUCUUUGUCAAAAUAAUUGUCAGAUGCUGCUAUUGCAUAGGUGAAUAGAUUUAUGCAUUGCUUUUUCCAAGUGACUUUAUUUGCUAUACUUCUGAGUUUUUUGAAUUCACUGCUGUUUUUAAAUGCCACUGUUUACCUAUGAAAAAAGUAGUCAGAUAAAGAGUUACAAGCAUAUGACAUGCCAAGUAGAUUGUAUCAUAAAGAAAAAAAUUUCCAGUUCAAAUAUGGUUGACCAAAAAACUGAUUUCACAUUUUGAUAUUCAGUAGUUUUGAGUGAAAUGUGAGUGAAAUGAACAGGGUAUUAUGUUUCUUAUACAGGUAAUAAAAUGGAGCAAUUUUACUGUAUGUGCACAUUUUAAAUUAUUGGUUUGGGACUUGUUUAUACUUGCAGUAAAGUCUGUUCACAUUUCUAGAAUACGUUUUAGUAGCUUUUUCCAAAAGCAAAGUAAGGGUCAAUGUAUAGCUAGCAAUUAUACAUCAAGUGCUGUUAGUUAAGGUCUUGUCAUACUCUCAGUUGUGCCAUUUUCAUUUGACUUUAUACUUCAUUUCCAGUGACUCAUUUACAAUGAGAAAAUGGCUGACAGAAAAAGUUCUGGUAUUGUAACCUGGAUGGGACACUCAGAGGUGCUGCUUCUGCCUCAGAUGCCACUGAAAAUGCUGCAUUGUCAAUUAACUGUUCUGUCUGUGAUGCCUAAGUCAAAAUGUGGUAUAUUUGCAAUGUAAGAGCGCUCAGGCCAAUGAGGAUGCUUUGGUUUAACAGACUGCUAUGGUUAAUUGAGUUGAAUAGUUCUAGCUGAAGAUUUCUGUUUAUUAUUUUCAAUUGGCAUUGUCAAUACAUUUAAACCAAAGAGUCAGGUGUGACAGCCUCACGCUGGGCUGGGCUUUUUUCAUAGUUGGCUUACAAAUCCUUAGCAAAGAAUGCCUAAUAUAUUGUGUACUGACAGGAGAGCUGCUGUCAUCUGUGGUACCAAAGUACUGAAGACCCAAAUACAGGCAGCCUUUUAGUUUGCAUCUCCCUGCCAAUGUUAUUUCAGAACUCUGUAAGAAUCUAUUGAGAGAAGAGUAAGUGUUUCUUUAGUUGUGAUUGUUUUGACUCUCCUGUAAAUUCUCCAGAUUGUAUCAGUGAACUGAUUAAAUAACAAGAGGGAGGCAAGCAGCUGUGGCUUGCAAAAAACAUCCAAAUGCAGAAGCUUUUCAAGGAACCCAAUUUUCCUUCUCCUCACAGCAAGAUUAUAUUGUACAUCCAAUAUUGAAAAGCUUUUCUUUACUUUUAGUUGGGUAAGUUAAAACAGACUGGAUUUGAAAAUCUCUUUUCAUUCUGUCCUUCUGAAACUGUCUUGAAAAUGCUUUUUGGAAAAGCUCAGUGAAUGUAUUACCAUUGCAUGACUCUUUUGCAUCUAAAUUUUAUUUGCUAUCCAAUAAUGUCAAUCAAGGUGGUAGAAUUCUUGCAGAGGUCCUAUAGAAAAAAAAUGUGUAGCUUAUUACUUUGCAGAAUAAGUUAGGUGCUUUUAGACGUAUAUGGAUAUUACUUAGUAACCUGAGGUUUAAUCUUUGGGGACACAGAAUUAAGAACAUGAUAUUUGGGAAAUAGAGGAAUGAAGAAGUAAAGGAAUCAUAGUCAACAUGCCUUUGCCACCUCUGGUCUACUGCAGGCAGCUUCAGUAUAGAUGAGAAUUUCAGCUGUUCUUUGUCAAAUUCUUCUUGCUGUGAGUUACAAGUCUGGAAACAUGCUCUGCCGUCUCCUGCAACAGAGGAACAGUCAAGUAAAAUGCUUACCUCUUCAGUGGUAUUACAAUAUGCAAUGACUAGAACUCACAUUCCAAAUGCACGUCUGUUUCAAGGGAGUUCUUUGCAUCUGGAAAUAACACAGGGAAAAGGUUCAUCCCUUUUCCAUGUUACUCAUCCAUUUGUAAUCAUGGUUCCCAGGACCGAUCUAUCAAGUAGUCUCUCUCUUAUUUUGCUUCUGUGAGAGUCAAGGAUAUUUUAUUAUUUAAAUUAUUUUUUACCUUGAGGAACCUGGAGUGCUGCACAGCAAGCUGCUAAGCACCUGAGGCAGGGUGAUCCCAAGCACAAAAGCAGGCUGGGCCAAGAAUGGAUUGAGAGCAGCCCUGGAGAAAAGGACUUUGCAUGCUGCUGGAUGAGAGGAUGGAUGUGGCCCAGCAAUGACAUUAAUGGGUUGGAGCAAGUCCAGAGGAGGGACACGAAGGUCAUCAGAGAGCUGGAGAGUCUUGUCUAUGACAGCAGGCUGAGAGAAUUGGAGUUGUUCAGCCUGGAAAAGAGAAGUCUCUGGGAGACCUUAGAGCAGCCUCCUCGUACAAAAAGGGGGCCUGCAAGAAUGUUGGAGAGGGGUUUUGGACAAGGGCAUGGUAGGACAAGGGAUAAUGGCUUUAAACUGAAAUUGAGUAGCCUUAGAUUAGAUACUGGAGGAAAUUCUGUACUGUGUGAGUGCUGAGGCACUGGACAAAGUUGCCCAGAGAAGUGGAUGCCUUAUCCCUUGAAGUUCAGCACCAGACUGGAUGGGACUUUGAGCAACUUGAUCUAGUGUGAGGUGUCCCUACCCAUGGCAGUGGGGUUGGAACUAGAUGAGCUUUAAGGUCCCUUUUCCAGCCAUUCUAUAAUUAAAUUGCUGCAAGCCACCAGGAGACACUCCCUAUCAGCAUUUCCUUUUGUGUUCAUUUACUACUAAGGCUCAUUUCUUCAGCAUAUCCUAAAUAGGCUUAUACCAAGUAUAAAAUAUGGAUAUUUUAAAUAGAUGGUUUUCUGACAACCAUGCUUCAAUUUUUCUAGGAUUUUGUUUCUUGAAAUCUUACUUUUUCAGACAGUUCUGUCUUCCUGAGAGGUCCCAAUCACAAUCUGUUGACAGAAUUUCUGAGAAAAUAUUUGAUUAUUACAGGCUUGCUUGGCUGUUACUGCAUUAUUUGAUUUCAGUAUUCUUUGUCAGUGCUUUCCUUGACUGCAUGUUAGGAAUGCAUAAUGUAUUCUUCCACAGGUUGAAAUAAAUAGAAGAAAUUUUAAAAUUUUUAAAUUAUUUUAAAGGAUUUAUAUUCAUUUCAAAUAUGUAGUCUUCCUAUGUUGCUGAAAUAAAAUAGAAAAUAGAAAUAAGAAAUUCCUUAAAGUAAAACUUGUGUUAGGAAGUUUUCUGCUAGGGCAAAGUUCUAGCAGGUGUCUGCUCUGCAGGGCCAGGGCUCUUGCCAAGACGUGCACUAUUGUACUCCUUGUUUAUCUCUGUGAAAUCCCCUGUACAAGUACAGCCUUGCUGAUGUUCCAUUUCUGGCAACACACAAAUUUACAGAGGUAGAUACUGGAGAGGGCUGAUAAGUAUUCAGGUGUAUUCUUGUGUUAAAGUGUACACUGUGCCUCUGAUCCUCUGUCUUUUUUAUGUACAAAAUCCAGAUGAUCUGGACAAACCUUUCUAGGUGCAAGAGAGAGAUCUGUCCUUCCUCUCCCCCUACCUCAACAUGAGUGCUUUUUUCAGGAAAGUGAAGGAAAAUAGGAAUGAUUUGGUCUAUAUGUCUGUCCUUUGUCAAAUAGUGGCUCUUCUUUAAUGAAACAACAAGGUCCUAUGAGAGUAACAAGUAAGGUUAAAGCUUAUAUUUUAUUUCAGUUUUAUGUGCUUUGUUUCAAUAAUGAGCUGCUAGAACUUUUUCCAUUUCCUUGUCUUCUGUCAAUUUAUGUUUUCUGUUCUCAUUAUGCAGAUUAGAUGAACUUGAAGCCUG